GAUAUGAAAUUUCAUCUUCCAGUUAAAGAGCACAUAUCUACACAUGAGCGUGUACAAACAUAUGCUCUAUCGCAGCAGUUGAAAAGGCGCGGUCGUCAGCGCUAAUUAAUCAUCGGUAUGCAGAUAAAUGCUGUGUAUCAUGGCGAUAACCGGGCGUGAGAGCGGGCGGCCGCGUCUGCCGAUAAUUAUGAACAAGCUAACUCAUUAGUCGCAGUCGACGUUAACGGCCUCGUUGUUGCACGCCAUCGCUCGCCACGGGUUUGUCCGAUCUUCUAUAAGCUGUCGAAUUACUAACCGCGCUCGCGUUAAGAAGAUUACGCGUCCGACGUGACGGGCACAAUGAGAUUAUGUGUCAGAAAGAGAGCGUGCAUAGAGAGGAUAAUUAUGGGGAAUUAUCUCUGUGAUGUUCAGCGUUUAUGAUAACUCGAAAUAUUGCAAUAUAACGCCCGGGAACAACAGUGAUGAACGGAUUAUAGUCAUCAAUUAUACCUGACAUCAUGCACCGAUUCGAUCGCCUCUUUCCAUAAUCCGGUGCGACGCUAAUCAAAUCUGAUCUUCAUUAUGUUGACAUCUCAUGAUAAGAGUCAGCGGAAGUUAGAAAAUAUCAGAGUCAACCGCAGCACGGCGAUCCAUUAUCAAGUGACGUCGAAGCGUCGGCCGCGAGAUCCAUCUCGCCGCUUUUCGAAUGCGUAUACAAUUAAACGCGGAACUUAAUUGAGUGCGUCGAAUUUAUCGCGACGGAUUUACGAGCCGCGUUUUGUGACAGUGCCGCGUGACAUUCGCGGACGCGAUUAUGAAACGCCGUCGCCGAUGCGAGUGAUUUAGUAAUAGUAAUAGAGAGAGAGAGAGAGACAGAAAAGGGAGCCACACCCUCAAAGCUACACCCCGAGAGAGAAAGAGAGAGAGCCGUGCGUCGCGCACGAAAGAUACCGGAAGAUGGAUCGCGUAUCAAAAAACAUCCGGGAACACUGAUCACCGACCGCAGGAAUAAAGAGAGAAACUAGGCAAGAUAUUUUCGCGCGCGUUCAGGUAGGACGCCUUCGUCUCUCGCCGGUCUAAUUAAUCUUCGGGACGUAACGAGCGGGACUGCCUGUGGGAUUCCCGUAGCACGACAUCCCCUUCUCGAAGGUACCUCUUGUGAAACUCUCAGCUGCAAGUGGCACGAGCUACGUAAGUAGCCCGAGAUCCGGUCUAUCAGACUGCGAGUGAAAGAUUUGAUAUUUUUUAAAUGUCAUCUUAAUUAAUAUGCACCUUUUUAUGGGAAGUUCAAUUUCCUUGAAAUAUACCCAAAUGGCGCACGAUCAAAGCGCGUCAGAACACAAACUCAAGGUCGACGCCGACGUAAAUUAAAGACCAUCGACAUCGAUAACCUUGCUAAGUGGUUUCAACCAGCAGCACUUUACAUUGGCGAGAAUCGUGAAAGGCGACGUGUCUUCGAUUACCGAGUGACUUUAGAUCUCACGAGCGCCGGCGAAGAAAUCGAUAAGGGUCGUAUUCGGAAGAAAGGACCUUCAAUCCUUAAAGGCUAGUAGAAAGACGACACAGAAAGCUCUGAAAACCUGUCCCUGAGCAAACUAUCGAAGCAAAUCCCCGAGGGGACUCGAUGCAUCGACAGUCAUAUUCGCCCUCGAAGAAGAUGCAGCGGAUGGGAUGAAAGUGAGAAAAGCACAAAAAAUACAUUUUGCAAAUGAUUAAGUAUAGUUUGAUCGAGGAAGUGCUCAUCGGGCAAUUGACUUCUCCAUCGAUCAGAAUGAAUGCCGGCAAAGAAUCAAACCGCAAACGUUCGAGCGAGGAGCAACAGUGAUAAGCGGCGUAUUCGGAAGAUUAAUUCCGAAAGUGGCCGAAAGAAUUUUGAAUUACGAUAGCAGAUUGAAUCGAUCGAAAUGCGCCGCAAUUUCAAAGAUCGACGGUUGCAUUAAGAGGGACGUUAAUUUUGCUGCGCGAAGAUAUUAAGUGGCGGAACGAGCGCAAAGAGGGGUUAUCCCGAGCGAAGAGACAAGAAAUUGGAAGAGACGCAACCAGACGGAAUAAGAAGCGCGGAGACAGCAGCUGCAUCGGACAGAGUCUAUGGCAAUGAGGGCGAAAGGUUAAUCUGGAAGGUGGGGUAGAACAAAGGGGACAGGAGGGUUUGAAGUAGCUAUCGCGGCGAUAAAAAAAAGUAGAUCUGUGGACCGGCUGAAUGUGAGAAAUUGGGGUGGGCCCGAGGAUGUGCGAAGACGAAUGCGCUAAAGAUAAGAGCCGGUUCUGAAGAGGUAGGCAAGCACUGAUCCUUGAACUCUGUUAUCCCAGCGAGGGAAAAGAGAAAUCGGCCUCCACGUGCGCGGUGAUAAAAUCGAGUGCGUAUUCGAGAAAUCUUAUCAGUGACAAACAUAGCCGGUACGAUCCCCUAAAAUUAGGAUCUUGAAGAAUCGAGUUUUCGAGAAAAUUUUCGGGAAAAUAAAAAUUGCAAUAAAUCGUCACCGCGAAAAAUUCAUCGUAAGACUAGCUGAAGAAUGAUCGCGUUAAGUAAUCUAUUCGAAAAAAUUAACUAGACACGCGAUCGGGACGAAGGAUCCUGUUAAGUUCCUGCAACCCGGUUGAAGGAAGUGCUGCGGGUGAGUCGGUGGGUUAACGGUGAUGGCAUGAGGACAUUAGUAAGGACGUGCUGCGGGUCCAGCGAGGAGGAGGAUGAGGAUGGUGGUGGGCGUGAUGGUCCUUGGUCAGCUACUGACGAGGAUCCUGCUCGCGGCCCACGCAGGAGAUCGCCUCGCAGCAGCUCGCAGAAUUCUCAGGGACGUGCCACUGAUAGAUGGGCACAACGACCUACCCUGGAACAUACGGAAGUUUCUGAAGAACCAGCUAAGGGAGUUCAGGUUUGAUGACCUGAGGGACACUCAUCCUUGGUCACGAAGCGCCUGGAGCCACACAGAUCUCAAGAGAUUAAAGGAAGGCAUGGUUGCAGCGCAGUUCUGGUCGGCGUAUGUACCCUGUUCAUCGCAGCAUCUUGACUCGGUGCAGUUGGCCCUGGAGCAAAUAGACCUUAUUCGCCGAUUGGUUAACAAACAUCAGGAAAAUAUGGUCCUAGUUACCACAGCGGAAGGUAUCGAGAAGGCGCACAAAGAGGGUAGAUUAGCGAGUCUGAUAGGGGUCGAAGGGGGCCACGCCGUCGGAGCGAGUCUGGCGGUCCUGAGGAUGCUGUACGAGUUGGGCGCCAGGUAUCUCACCCUCACGCACACGUGUAACACGCCUUGGGCAGACUGCAGCACGGCGGAUGAACCCGGUCAAGUGCCUCAAAUCGGUGGUCUCUCGAAUUUCGGCAAGAGUGUCGUGUUGGAGAUGAAUCGACUUGGGAUGAUGGUGGACCUCUCCCACGUCUCGGUGCCCACGAUGCUGGCCGCCAUGGCAACAUCGAGAGCACCGGUGAUUUUCAGUCACAGCAGCGCUCACGCCCUUUGCAAUUCCUCGCGAAAUGUGCCUGACCACGCGCUGCAACUUUUGGCGCAGACCGGUGGUAUAGUUAUGGUAUCCUUCUAUCCCCAUUUUAUCAGCUGUGGCGAAAAAUCAACGCUCGAGGAUGUAGCAGCACACAUCAAUCAUGUGCGAAAGAUCGCCGGGGUGGAUCACGUCGGAAUCGGAGCCGGAUACGACGGGAUCAAUUUGACGCCAACGGGUCUGGAGGAUGUCAGCAAGUAUCCGGAGCUCUUUGCGGAAUUGCUAGCGCGUGGCUGGUCGGAGGGAGACAUCCAGAAACUGGCUGGUCUGAACCUUAUACGGGUGUUCAAGGCGGUGGAACAGAUUCGCGAUAACCUGGCCUCGGAGGGUAUGGAGCCGCUGGAGGAGGAGAUCCCGCACGAGGACAUAAUCGGUCGCGAUUACUGCCGUUAUAACAUAAAACGUCUGAUGGCGCCUUAAGCUGUCAGAAUCCUCUCGGCCAAUAAGGCAAAUGAUCGAAUGAUCGAAGAACAACGUCGGAAACAAAGAGGAAAAAGAGGACGAAAAAUAGAAAGAGAGAGAGAGAGAAGAAGGAAACACUCACUGCCCCAGGAGGGAAAAAUAAAAUUCACCCUUUACAUCUUUACCCUCCACUUCCCCUUCAAUUUUGCGAUCUCCCAAGGACGAUAUCUACUGCACAAACAUGUAUGCACACUCUUCUCUCUCUCUCUCUCUCUUUCAAUUCUUUCGAUCCUGCUCGACGUUACCAAGAUUCUCAUCUUUGUACGUAAGUAGGUAGAUAAACUCGAUUUCCGCCAGAAAUCUCAGAUCCGUGAGAUGCGAGUGUUCGCGAAAGAUAUCGAGACGGCCAGUGAAACGUUUAGUACCGUGACUGAAGGCAUCAAGCCGCGAAGAAGAAUUGCAAUUAGAUCAAUCAAACACAUUGUUAUUUCUUUAUAGAUAAACGAAGAUCUAACUUGCAAGUUUUACUUUUGUUUCUUAGCUUCUAUCGGUCGAUCUCUGUUUCGCGCGUUUCUAAAAAUAUAUUGUAUCCUAUAUGAGAAUUUUUAAUAUAUAUUUA